GUAAGGGCGUGUUUUGCGUGAGGUGGUCCCAGUAGCUUCGAUGCGUAUGAUGGGUUGCGCCAGCGCAUUGCCAUUGGAGUUGGUUCGGUAGAAACUGCUGAGGGUACGCGAAACGAAUUUCUAAUUUUUAGUGAGCGACUUUGUUAUUAAAGUGUCUGGAAUCGACGAUUAUUGACUUAAAUUAGCGAAACGACGCCCUUCAAGUCACCGCUUGGACCGCGUCAACGAAAAUAAUCGAUGGGGCGUAUGCUCGGCUGGCUCUAGUGUCAUUAGUGUUACAUAGAAACAUUCACGCACUUCAAAUAGUGAUUUAAAUAGCACCGGUCUUAAUUUCUGCAGUCUAGAACAACGAUUAAAAAUGACGGAUAGCAGCGAGGCGGAGGUCCCGCCCCAGACCAACGGUCUCUCAGACAGCAUGGACGACGAAGAACGUGCCCGAAUCAGACCCGUCGAGAUCGACGCCGACGUGAAGGAGAUGGAACGUCGCAAGCGAGUAGAAUCGAUAAUGAAUAGCAAAAUGUUCCGCGAGGAACUCGAGAGGAUCAUCGAAACACAGCUGAAAGAAGGUGCCGGGACCAGUGGACUGAUGCAACAAAUUUCGGAUAUGAUGGGCGUGAACAAGCAGGGUGGUAACGUGUUCAAAAACUCGAACUGCGUCGUACCCAUCAACGACAUCCGCGGGAUCGAAGCGAUGAGCUACGGCAAGGGGGAAAAGAUCCUCAGGUGCAAACUAGCCGCCGUAUUUAGACUGAUCGACCUGUACGGUUGGACCCAGGGGACCAAUACUUUGGUGACGGCCAGGCUGAACCAAGACGAGGAGCACUUCCUUGUCAAUCCUUACGGGAUGAUGUUCCACGAGAUGACCGCUUCCAGCCUGAUCAAGGUGGCGAUGCAGGGUAACGUAAUCGAGCAGGGCACCACGAACUUCUCCAUGAACAUAUCGGCCUUUUCCCUGCACGCGGCCGUCCACGCCGCCAGGCCCGACAUCAAGUGCAUCAUCAACGUGCACACGCCCUCGGUGGUGGCCAUCUCCGCCCUGAAGCACGGCAUCCUGCCGCUUAGCCAGGAGUCGGUGGUGAUCGGCGAUGUUAGUACACACCCCUACCUGGGGGGCCUCCUCGACCCGGAGGAGAAAGACAAGUUGGCCAGGAACUUGGGACCAAACAACAAAGUCCUGUUGCUGUCCAAUCAGGGAGCUCUCUGCUGCGGAGAGACAAUCGAAGAGGCGUUCUUCAACGCGCGCAAUACCGUCCUAGCAUGCGAGUCCCAGCUCAAACUCAUUCCCGUCGGACUCGACAAUUUGGUGUUGUUGAACGACGAAAUCAGGAAAAAGCUGUACGAUGCCGCGCACAAAGCACCGGAAAGCAGCCCACGGCCUGAUCAGCCGUCGAUUUUGGAAGGGAAGGUGGAGAGGAAGUGGCGAGUCGGUGGUGUGGAGUUCGAAGCGCUGAUGCGAAUGUUGGACAAUGCAGGAUUCAGGACUGGAUACAUUUACCGACAUCCGUUGAUCAAGGGUGAGGUUCCGAGGCCGAAAAACGACGUCGAAGUACCCCCGGCAGUUUCUUCCUUGGGAUAUUUGUUGGAGGAGGAGGAGUUGUAUAGGCAAGGAUUAUGGAAGAAGUUGGAAGGCGGAAGAAAAGGUCACGAUCGCAGCCGUUGGUUGAAUUCACCCAACGUCUACCAAAAAGUCGAAAUUUUAGAAACAGGCACGCCCGACCCCAAAAAAAUAACAAAGUGGGUCGCGGAAGGAUCACCAACCCAUUCCAGUACACCUGUAAAAAUCGAUGCAGCGUUGCAGUUUGUGCCCAAGGGUACCAACCCGAAAGAAUUCAAACAGAAACAACAGCAGAUAAAAGACUACCGAAGGGCUGACAAAAUUUCCGCGGGUCCCCAAUCGCACAUCCUGGAAGGCGUGACAUGGGAAGAAGCGCGGAAAAUGCAAGACGCUACAGUUACUCAAACUGGUGACCAAGUCGUGCUGAUGGGUGCCGCUUCCAAGGGAAUUAUCCAGCGUGGCCACCAACACAACGCAAUGGUAUAUAAGUCGCCGUAUGCCAAAAAUCCUUUCGAUUCAGUUACGGACGAAGAAUUGGACGAAUACAAAAAGGUCGUUGAGAAAAAAGCCAAAGGGGAAUAUGACACGGACUUUAGCGAGUCGGAAGGUUUAUCCUCGGCCCAAAUCAACAAGAGGAUGAGCGACCACAUCAGGUCACCGACUUCCGUAACCAGUGAAACCGAAGAGGAAAGUAGAGAUGAACCCCAAGUACUUCGGAUAGAGACCAAACAAGCUCCCAAACCUAGCCAACCCGAAGUUGUGUUGAGUGAUGGUGUAAGAGUGGCGAAAAUUCAGAGAAACAAACGCUUAAUUACAAGCCUGCCUCAUUAUCGCACGAACAGCUACGCUGGUCUACCGAAAGGCUCCUACGCUAUUCCUAACCCAAUGCAUUUCCAUAUUGUGCAACAUAAAUAUAUAGCACAACCCCUACGUCCCGUUCUUGUAAAAAUCGGUCCCCAAAAUCGUGCCACUCAUUACGUUUUCAACCGAUUUAACGUGAAUAAAAAUACUCAAACUGUUACUAUUAAUAUUGGAAAUUACCGUUCAGUCUCCCUCGGGAUGUCGUUGCAGACUGUCACCGAUUUUAUAAAACCGUUCGCUAACGCGCUGAAUAUACUCAACGGACCUGGCUUAAGUCAUUCGGAAGCGCAAACGACGUACAUGGUGCAGCAAGAGGGGGUUCCGUCUGCUGAGUAUACGCCUCUAAUUGAGAGCUACGACCAAAGAGAAAGUUUGCUGAGGGUGAAUGAUGAGUCAAACUUUGAAAAGCAAAUUUUGCAAAAAUUACAAGAUAAUUUGAUCGCUGAUUUGAUGAAAAGCGACUCGGAGUCUGAGCAGGAGGUGGAACAAGCUGAAGCCCGAACAGAAGUGGUACAGUUCACUGAAGAGGACACUUUCAUAGUUAAUGAAAGGUUAGCAGAUGAAGAUUAUGUAAUUGACAAUAAUAACUCCAGUACUGAGAGUAAUAGAAAUGAUCAGAUAAACGACUCACUUGUCUCUACAAGUGUAGACGAAGGAAUAGGUGACUUGACGAAAUUGUCACCCAUUAGUCAAGAUUCACUCGAAGAUGACGAUAGAGUCAAGGAAAAUCCUGAGUUGGCAAAAUCACAGUGUCAAGAAGUCGUAAAACCUGACGACAAGGUGGUGAAAUUAGGAAAAAUUAUUUUCGACUAUAUGUCUGAACAAGGUUUCGAUAUUUCUGAGCUUGUAAUUUUCCCUGAGCUUUCGCACGACGCGAACACCAGCAAACUAAUGACCAAACUGAGUGAAACGUAUGACGAAUUAUACGGAAACAAACUAACAAGCGAGGAACGAAGUGCCUUACGACUUGUAGUGUGCUCAUACGUUUUAAAUUUAAUCGAAAACGACGAAAGAAUGAUGUCUUCGACCGAUUCUCUCGAGUUUCCGAUGGUUUCGGAUAAACUUUUUAGUGUUUCUGAGACACUUUCGGCUAUUAUGGAUCGAUUCUUUGACGUGGUGGAUGACAACCGUAGCGAAGUCUUCGAAGAUUUUGUACAACCAAUGACUACAACUGUACUUCAUUCGACUCCUGAUACAACCAACGUAGUGGACACACAUGAAACAUACGAAAUCGUUGAAGAAAUAACCUCUUUCAAAAAAGAUCAAAUAGUUAAGCCAGGUCAUGAAACGUACUGGUUCUCCAUUGGCACCCCCAAAGAACAAAAAGUGACAAAACGAACACCCCCCAAGCAGAUUAUCAAUUACGAUGACAUUCCUUUACCACCACCGAAAGAUCUCUACUAUUACGGAACCACGAGUCAACCUUUGUCUCCAAUCAUUGAAGAAGCCAAUCGCAACUUAUUUUUUGAUUUUGUUGAAGACGAAAAAGCCGCCGCUUUGGAAAUCGAGGACGUUUUAGCAGGAGGAGACACGGAAAAAGUUGACAAUGUUCUGUCUAAACACCACGAUGGUACUUACAUUGCCUUUGAUAAACCGGAAACCAACGUCGUGGUGUCUACCGGAGUUACAUUCAAUCGCACCAUCACAACGGUCACUUCCGCCUACGUCAAAGCCGAAAGUGUCAUUUUUAAGAAAAAUAACUCUGUUAACGAUGACGAAAGUUUUUACAGUGUAACUAGUCAGUGUUCCGGUAACAAGAGUGACGACGAAGGAGACUGGAUGGGUUUUGAAAAAGCUAAAUUUUAAUCUUUUUAAAUUUUCUCCUUUGUAUGCUUGUAUUGUUUUAUUAGCAAAUAAAUAUUUUCAUGGUGUGGGGUGAUUUAUGUGACGGUUUAUGGAAAUGUGGUCACGCUGUGCAAUUUUCGCUCUCUUUAUUUGACGAAAAAUCUGAAACGUGGUGUGUUUUUGUUGGCGGGUUCAAAUAUUUAUAUCCUACAUCUGCAAAAAGAGAACGGAAAUUGUAAUAAACAGCACGUGCACAUUCUAACCCCAUUAAUCAGCACUCAAGAUGUAAAUACAAAAUAAUUCAGAGCCAGACUAACGAAUAAAAAUACUAACGUGGUGGAAGUCGAAUAACUGAAGGUAUUUAUGUAUGUUUUAUGUUUUUUUUUUUGUGAUUUAUGUGCUUGGGAAUACAACAGUGUAACGACAGUUAUGGUAAUAUAAACAUGUGGUAAU